AUGCACACAUUGUGGAAAAAGAUAGAGAGGUCGGCUCCUACUGCACAGAGGGGUAGAAAGGCUGGAAGAUCUGAGGCAGUUGAGGGCACUGUGAGGCCUGCAUCUGAGACAGUGGAGAGACCAGAUACUAGAGUGCCAGCAUGUGCAUAUGCCAUUCGAGCCAGAGAGGAGCAGGAUGCACCUAAUGUCAUAGUUGGUACAUUUUCUCUCUUUAACUCUGAAGUGCACGCAUUAAUAGACCCAGGUUCAACUCAUUCUUACAUGUGCACUGCUAUCCCAGUAGAGAGGGGUUUAAAGGUUGAAACCAUUGAGCAGGACAUCCUAGUUACUAACCCUUUAGGCCAUAAUGUGAUGGUGAAUGAAGUCUAUAGGGGUUAUCCCUUGACGAUUCAGGAGUAUGAAUUUUUGGUAGACCAUAUCGAGCUACCUUUUCAUGAGUUUAAUGUGAUUUUUGGAAUGGAUUGGUUGUCACGUCACCAAGCUAUGAUGGAUUGCCGUUUAAAAAAAAUCACACUAAUGACUCCUAAUAAUGAGGAGAUCAUUAUUGUGGGGGAAAGGAUGGAUUAUCUGUCUAAUGUUAUAUCAGCCACUACUGUAGGGAGGUUGAUAAGAAAGGGUUGUGAAGCUUACCUGGCACAUGUAAUUGAUACUAGGAAGGUUAGGCUAGACCUUCAUGACAUACCCAUUGUAUGUGAUUUUCCAGAUGUUUUCCCUGAGGAGUUGCCCGGUAUACCACCAGAGAGAGAAGUGGAAUUUGCUAUAGAGGUUAUGCAUCGUACAACACCAGUGUCCAUUGCUCUUUUUAGGAUGGCUGUUUGCUAG